GCUCCUAAAUUAAGCGUCGCGUCGCGUCCCGUCCCCCCCUCUCUCCCCUCGCCGUCGUCGAGCCGUCGGCGAUGACGCACAGCAGCAGCCACCACCACCACCACCACCACGCGCUCUGCUGCCUAUCCUCCGCGCCGCCGCAGCCCGAAGCGUCGCCCACGCCGGCACCAGAGCCCGCCGCGGUCACCGCUACGCCGGGGCCGGGGUCGGUAGCGGUGGCCGGCGUGCUGCACAAGUGGACCAACUACGGCCGCGGGUGGCGGGAGCGCUGGUUCUCGCUCCGCGACGGGGUGCUCUCCUACUCCAAGAUUCGGGCCGACGCGGGGGGAGGAGAGGCGGCGGGACGGAUCGCUGACGACGGGGAGGUCAGGCUGAUCGGCGGCGCGUCCGCGAGGAUCGCCGGGGGGCGCCGCCCGGAGAAGCCCGUCGGAGUCGUCUGCCUCAAGGUGUCCGCAUUUCGGGAGAGCAAGUCCGACGACAGGAGAUUCUACAUAUUUUCUCCCACAAAGACACUUCAUUUGAAGACAGAUUCAAAAGAUGACCGUGUCGCUUGGAUCGAGGCCUUGAUCUUGGCGAGGAGUGUUUAUUCGCUCAGGUCACUCAGUGGAAGAAUAACUUUUGUGCAGAGUGAUAUUUCAGUUUCCACUGCAAGGCUUCGAAAUCGGAUGCACCAGGAUGGUUUAAACGAGAGUCUUAUACAGGACUGCGAACAGAUUAUGCUUUCGGAGUUUUCAAGCUACAGAAAGCAACUGAAGCUACGCUAUGACGAUCAUCUAAGCUUGUUCGGAUCCAGCAGACACCAUUUCGAGGAAGGUAAAGAUGGAAAUAUAAUACAGGGGGCGUUGACAAAAAAUGAAUUUUCUAGUUCCCGGCAUGGAAAUUUUAGUGAAUACAGCACAACAGAAUCUGAUGAAUUUGAGAAGCAAGAUGGUGGUGAAUUGACUUGUGAAGAGGACUAUACAUUCUUUGACGCCGCAGACUACUUCACAGAAUCAAACAGCAGAUCUUCAACAAUGUCAGGUUCCACAGAUUGUGGUGUACACAGUGCUACUAACAUAGAUAAUCCAGGUGGCCAAGAAGUUGUGGACAUCCAAAUUCAAGAUUCUAACAACAUGCUACCUGAAAUCAAACGACGGAGUAAACUACCAGAACCUACUGAGAAAGAGAAAGGAAUCAGCCUUUGGUCCAUUAUUAAAGAUAGUGUUGGCAAGGAUUUGACACGAGUAUGCCUUCCAGUUUACUUCAACGAGCCACUUUCAUCCCUCCAGAAGUGCUUUGAAGAUUUCGAAUAUUCCUACCUUCUGGAUCAAGCCUAUGAAUAUGGAAAAGUGGGGAAUAGCCUCAUGAGAAUCCUGAAAGUAGCUGCUUUUGCGAUCUCUGGCUAUGCUUCAUCUGUUGCGAGACCUUGCAAACCAUUCAAUCCAUUGUUAGGAGAGACUUAUGAAGCUGAUUUUCCUGAUAGAAGGAUCCGCUUUUUUGCCGAGAAGGUUAGUCAUCAUCCAAUGCUGAUUGCCUGCCACUCUGAAGGCAAGGGCUGGAAAUUCUGGGGCGACAGCAAUGUAAAAUCCAAGUUCUGGGGGCAGUCAAUUCAAGUUGAUCCUGUUGGCGUUUUGACAGUGGAAUUUGAUGACGGUGAAAUCUUCAAGUGGAGUAAGGUGACAACAACUAUUAAUAACCUCAUUCUUGGGAAGCUGUACUGCAACCAUCAUGGUAUUAUGCACAUAAAGGGGAAUCGGCAGUAUUCAUGUAAACUCAAGUUCAAAGAGCCAUCGCUGCUUGACCGCAAUCCUCACCUAGUACAAGGCUUCGUGGAGGACAAUGAUGGAAAGAAGGCUUCAUUUUUAAUAGGAAAAUGGGACGAAAGUAUGUACUAUAGCAAUUUAGAUACUUCCAAGGUCAAGAGCGCCGAUCAAUUGCAGGGUGCCUCCCUACUUUGGGAAAAGAACAAACCUUCUCCCAACCCAACUCGUUACAAUCUAUCUUCUUUUGCAAUCACAUUGAAUGAGCUGAGCCCAGAGCUUCAGGAGAAACUCCCCCCUACUGAUUCACGGCUAAGACCAGACCAGCGGCAUUUAGAGAACGGUGAGUAUGAGAAGGCAAAUGCAGAGAAGUUGAGGUUGGAACGGCGGCAAAGAAUGUCAACUAAACUUCAAGACAAUGGUUGGAAGCCUCGAUGGUUUGAGCAGGACGCUGAGGACGGGACAUAUCAUUACAAAGGUGGGUACUGGGAAGCAAGGGACCAAGGACGCUGGGACGGAUGCCUCAACAUAUUCGGGGAGUUCUCAGAAACGUGAACGACAGGCAUUGCAGCAACACUUGGUUCAUCCACCCCAACUGCAAUGCGACGACCGUCGUCGGAGCAGCAUUGCACCCCAAGGCAUCAUCGGGUUGAGGAAGAAGAGGAGAGAGGAAUGCAAUGCAGUGGCCAGUGGAUAUAGAGGCAUUGAAGAAGAAGGCCUUGCCGUCUUGAAUGGUAGAUAGAUAUGGAUGGCGAUGGUCUCCGGCCCUUUAUUAGUACCUAAAUAAUAAUGCAGCCAUUCUUUCGUUCGUUUAUGUUGUAUGCUUGUUGUUCACUAGUCUUUUCCUUGUGGGAUUAGCUGGUGAAGCAACUCUUAUCUGGAUGUUUCGUAGAUCGUAGUCAUUUGUAGAAAGGAAAUAGAGGAUGAGUUUACAAAAAGAUUACCAUAGAGUGGACAGAUAAUGGCAUAAGCUCGGCAAAGAAAAUCCCAUUCGUUGCUUUGCUGAAA